AUGACCCUUAAGUGGCUCGAGGGACGCCUCGUGGAUGCUGAGUGGGACCGUGCAACAAAGAAUUCGUCGCUCCCUGCUAAUGGUGCUUAUGUCGUUCAACCUGGACCCUCCAAGCCUCAUUCCAGCACCUCUACCACUUCCUGCCGCUAUUGCAAGGCUGCUGGUCACGCCAUCACCACUUGCCCUCAACUCGAAAAGAAGAUGCCCAGGCAGCAACUACAGCAACAGCACCAAUUGCCGUACCUGCCGCAGUCUACAUACCAGCCAGAGUCGCAACCGUACCAGCCCCAACAGCCACAGCAGAUGCCGUUCCGUUCCCUCUCUCAAAGCUCGCCCAACAAGGCAGCUGCACACACCGCCCUCCCACCUCUGGCAUAUCCUGCCCACCUGGCCCAGCCUCUCCUUCCCUCUCCUACCUCUGACAUUACCUCACCAGCACUCGCGGCUUCUCAUUUGUCAUCCACGCCACUAUCAUCUUCGAUUGAUUCUCGCUAUGCCGAUGUCGCCGCCGCGCACUUACUCCCUACCUCUUGGCUGCCGUCCCUCCCAUCGCUACUACUCCUCAUCUCCUUUCUCCUCUGCCUUUUCUCCAUCCUGCUCCAGCGGCCUCUCGCCUCCGUCCUCACCAGCUCUCCUUCUUGCUCCUCCUGGCUCCUUGACUCCGGCACAUCCUCGCAUCUCUGCAAUGAUCCUCAUCUAUUUUCCUCCCUCCGUCAACCCAUUCCUGGUAGUGGCGUUCGGUUUGGUGGUGGGGAGCAGUACCCUGCCCACGGCAUUGGGGACAUUCUUGUCUACGCGUGUCACAACAACCAUACCCAUCCUAUCACCCUGAAGGAUGUCCUAUACAUUCCUCAGACUGUUCAUAAUAUCAUCUCUGUUCGUAAGCUGAAAGACGAAGGACUCACUACCCACUUCCCUCUUCAUGCUCCUGCCCAAGUGUUCCGAGGCUCCACGGUUCUUGCUGUCGCCCAUGAGCACAUGAAGCUGUUCUUCGUUUCUCUCAGCCCUGCCUCAUCUUCGCAGCCGGCCACGGUCUCAACUGCAUCAGCACCUCCUCCUCUUGAUCCCGCAUCCUGCUCUGCAGCUUCAUCUCUUCUUUGGCAUCGGCGAUUCGGACAUCUCAACGGACACAGCUUGCAGCAGCUUCAUUCCAAACAGAUGGUCAGCGGCAUCAGCCUCAACGGUCAGCGGCCGGACGUCACCCAUUUUUGCGUGUUUGGAUGCCCUGUCUCCGUGCUUCUACCUACUCUUUAUCGAGAAUACAAGUUACAUGACCGCAGUGCUCACGACAUCUUCCUCGGCCAUGGUCUCCUUGAUGGUUACAAAUCAUAUCGCGCUUAUAUCCCCUCCAUCCGCCGGGUUGUCUACUCUCGGGAUGUCACAUUCUUUGAAACCUCCCCCUCAACUCCCCCUCACCUGCCACCGCCUCUACCAUCACCCCCUAUUCCCGCACCUGUCACUUUGUCACUUCACCCGCCUUCCCAACCUACCUCCUCACCAGACCCUAUCAAUCCUCCUCCGCUGCCUGCUACACACGCAAAAACCUCUCCCUCUGCUACUCCGUCUGCACCUCUCUUUCCCACACUCCCCACCCCUCCCUUUCAGCCUUUCACCCUUCCCACUUCCCUUCAGAAGCCAGCCUCCACACCCACUUCCUCACCUCUUCUAUUUCCUCCUCUUCCAACCCCGACUGCCCAAGACCUUCAGCUCAACUUCUCUGACCCCUCUGUUAACACCAUCCUUGACGAAGAUCGCGACUCAGCCCAUUUUUUAGAUGACUUUGCCUACAUUGCUCUUCAUUCCCACUACGAGCCACCUACAAUUACUGCUGCCCGCUCUUGCCCCGCUGCUCCCCAAUGGCUUGCUGCUGCUGACGCUGAAAUUAUUGCACUCCUAGCCAACCGCACUUACAGCGUUGUGCCCAAACCGCUGGACUGCACUCUUCUCCUUUGCAAAUGGGUUUUCAAGGUCAAAGAGAACCCGCAUGGGUCCAUCAAGCGCUAUUAA